AUGGCGCACCUCUCGCUCUCUCCCUCGGCAAUUUUCUCUCCUUCGGUAGCGCGACAGCAGCUCGCCGCAGCCAAAGAUUGGAAUUACGUCGACAUGUGGCUAUCAUCCAAAUUCAACGGCAAAACCCCGCCCGCAUUCGAGCGGAAUAACGAUACACUAAAAGCUUUACUCGCAUUCGCAGCUAUGAAUACAGGCGCUGAUGAACAGCGAGAGCUCUUAGCUAGAGCGGAGACGAAAGCCCUGCAGGACUUGCAAGCUAGAGAAGCAGCGGAUCUCAAUAAGGACAUACUAGGCUCCGUUGAAGAAUCUUUGACGCGUGAAGGGCAGAUGAGCCUCGAAGCAUUGUCUUCUCUCAGUGUGGCCCUCAAUCAAUCAAUCCCAGAUACUGAGGGUAUGGGGCGGGGCAUAUUUAAUUUACAUGUUACCACUUGUGACCUAGAUCAAGCAGCGGACCGAGUCUCAAUCCUCGAGAAUCAUCUGAAGACGGAACUUGAUAGGAUAAAUGCCUUGAUUGAGGAGUUGAAAGGGGAGGCCUACCAGCCGCCCACUGAUCUAGCGAAGCAAACGGCCGACUUCCAGCGAAAGAUCAAAGGCUUAACUUCAAAGCUACCCGAACUCAAAGAGCGGGUAACAUCUCUGACUGCCGCUGCUGGUACACCAAUUAGGAUAGAGGAUGUGAAAACUGAGGAGGCAAGGUUCAAGGAGUUAAUGGCGGAUGUGAAGGAUCUUGAGGCACAGGUCAAAAGCUAUCAUGGAUUACCACAAGAUACGGAUUUAGCUAGACUUGAGUUGGAAAGCUUGAGGGUGGAAUUGCGAGAUUUAACACGGCAAAGGGACAGCAUGUUUGAAGGCCUUGUUGAACGAGAGAGCCCAAGGAAGACCCGAUGA